AAGUGGGCUACGAUUCCUUCAGCCUGCUGCUGACACCGGUCACGCAACCACCUCCCGCCUGCGGAAGUCCAACUCUCCCGUCAACGCAUCGGUCGUGGAGCACAGCGCUUCUCGUUCGCCCCAGUCCUCAGGAUCCUCGUCUAACAAUCUUCACCAGCCACCGCGGCAGUCCGGCAGCCCCCAGAGCUACGGGACGCGGCUGUGCGACCACGAGCUGACGUACGACAUGCUACGCAAGUCCCCGAUCAUGAACUUCAGACGGGGGGACAGCAGCGACUAUGAGCUGCCCAUGAUGCUCCGCAAUCGGGAGACCAUCAACUCUGGCGGCAACAGUGAGCUCAACUUUAUGAGCAACGAAACGCGCAUCUAUGAACACCCGACUACGGUGCUAAAGCCACAGCGCUCCCUCCGCCAGAGUCCGGGAUCGAGGGACGACCUGACCCUGGAGAUGGCAGUGGGAGUGGGUGGGGACUACAUUUACAGACAGGCAGCAACCCAGCCGCGCAGCAGCAGUAACACGACAGAGUUCCCCCCAACGGCCACCACCAAGAGCUGCUCCAAGACCUUAGAUACCUGCGACUAUUGGCCCCGAUGCGCAGCUUGCCAGGAAGGAAGUGCACCUGUUCCGGUCAGGAGAGACCAGUCGCAGGCGGACGUAUCUGUUAUCGAGCUGCAGCCUCUUACGCAGCCCCACGUCAUUUCAGUGGCCGUUAACAAAAGCCCAAAAGAGUGUGUCCAACGAGUCGUCGAGGGGAGAGUUUUCAAUCCGUCCUGGACCUUAUUGUGCAGCGGCACGGCCAGUACUCGUCAUCCUUCACAGCAGGCGGAGACAGAGACGAAGGACAAGUCCCAAAAGGUUGUGGCAGAGAAGGAUAUUGCGCUCAGGAGCAGCCAGAGCGAUGGCCAGGACCAGCCAUCCCAAGCCGAAGGAAGCGAACGAAACAAGUGCCGCAGGAGGAGCAAGGGCAUCAGAAGGGGACGUAGUCGCUCCCUGCCUAGUCUGUCGCUAGAGCCACCGCUGCCACGGAGAUAUAGGACUGACGGAAUGCCAAAUACCGGAAAUCAAGGAACAAGGAACGGCUUGGCGCAGCAGAUGCGGGCCGUCUCCAGUCCCACGCUGAUAGAACCACUCUCGGUGCCGCCGCAACAGAAGCCAGACGAAAGCGCCUCGGAUGUAGCGGCCACCGCUGUCACAGGCCACAGCAGCAACAGCAGCAGCGGGAAUGGAGGUGGCAGUGUUGUCAGCGGUGGCCUGGGCGUACUGCAGAUGUUUAAGCGCACUCUGAACAAUUUCAAUAGCAAGAACCAACUACACAUCACUCCGCUGCCGCCGGCGGCCACGAACAGCAAUGUGCCAAAGCCCAAGUCGUCGCCAACGACGCCGACCGUAUCCAUCACAGCCCCCGCUGCGUCGGCGACACAGACAGCCAGCAGCGAAUCUGGUCCGGAAGGAGGGGAUGCGAGCUCUGGCAAGUACCGAUUCGGGCCCCUCAUUUGGCGCACCUCCAAGGAGCGCCGCAAGACGAAGUUCAACCGGCGUGACAAGUGCAACUCUGGCGACUCUGGCAUUCAGAUCGAACUGGAGCCGGACGAACAGUACUCCCGAGCUCUGGUCGUCAGUAGCCAGAGAGGAGCUGUUACUUCCGUUUCCGUUAACGGGACGUCAACUGGCGCCGAGUCCAAGAUCAGAGCCAUACGCCGCACCAACUCGGCCAAGGCGAGCAGUAUCCUGGGCCCCCUUGUCCUGAAAUCCAAGAACGCGAAGCACCUAAACAUUGGCGAGACGGGCAGAGGUGAGCGCGAGGCACCCGAGUCUCUGCCCACACGAUCUCUGAGCCAACCCAAUGGCCUGGAGACAUACGGCAUGGGGCGGCCGGAGCUCGAGGACAGCGACAGCGACAGUGUCACAUCGCACGAUGAAGCUGUCACCUACUACCCGACCAUAUAUGCGGAAGUUCUCUACAACUUCACCGCCGCAGGGCCGCAGGAGCUGGGCUUGGAGCGGGGAAUGCUCAUUGAAAUAUUGCGGAAGGAAGUCGGACCCUGGUGGUUCGGCCGUAUUAAGAAGGAGGACACCAAUCUCGUGGAGGAUAUUCUGGAUCCCGAGCUGGGCUGGUUUCCCAAGGAGUUUGUGCGCAUUAUUCACUGUCCUGAGACGGACAUCUUUUUCAACGAGCACAGAGCAGCUGCGGCUGAUGCAGAAGCGGAGGUUAACGCGGAAGCGGAGGAGGUGGCAGCCGGUGAAGGAGCGUGUGGCGGUGGUGAACCGUCUAUUCCUGUUCCGGUUGAUGCGUUCACAGAGGAUGCGGAUGUGACCGUAACGACGGACAAGAGCAACGUCACCCUGAUAGUAAUAGACUCGCCUCCAACGCCAUUGUGUGCCCCCAGUGUCGACAUCCAGUCGAACCACAACACCAUUCUGCGCCGAAGUGCUGUACGCGAACUGCUCGAAACGGAGGCCAAUUAUGUCAAGCUUCUGGCUGCUAUUUGUGAUGGAUAUCUGCCGGCCAUGAGCAAGCGCAUCGAUAUAUUCUCCCCAAACAGUAUUCAGCUGAUCUUCUCCAACAUAACGGCCAUCUAUAAGUUCCAGCGAAAGUUUCUCGAGGCCCUGCGACGAGGAAUCGAUCAAAACCAGAUUGCUAAAGUGUUUCUCAAAAUGCACAAGGGCUUCCUCUGUUAUUCCACAUAUUGCAACGCCUAUCCAAGGGCUCUGAUCGAGCUGGAGUCCUACGAUCGCAUCAAGGAUGCACGCACCAUCUUGGAGAACUGCCGCGAGUCUGAGAACCUGGCAGAACUUCCGCUCUCCGCCCACCUCCUGGCACCCGUGCAGCGCAUCUGUCGCUACCCCCUGCACCUCAACGAGAUCAUCAAGACUGCACUGGAGGGUGCCGGUCAGGAGUCUGGAGAUGAGGUAGACGGUGUCAAGCCGCUUGCCACCGAUUACGAGCAGCUGGAUGUCAGUGAACUGGACAUACCCGACUCUCGUGACAUUGUCAACCAGGCGCUGGAAGCGAUGCGCGGCAUUACGGAGGCGGUCAAUGAGGGGAAACGCCACAGCGAGACGAUUGCUAGGCACCAAGCCAGCUUCCAGAACUUCAAGGGACCGCCGCUGCACUUGCAUAGCGCCCGCUUUUUCCUGCAGGUCGACGCCACACGGCAGAAGCAGAAUCUGUGGAACAGUAGCUGCACUUUGUUCCUGUUCGAUAACCAGCUGGUUUACUGUAAGCGGGACAUCAUUAAGCGCAGUCACUUCAUAUACAAGGGUCGCAUUUUCCUGGAUCGCUGCCGCGUUGUAAACGUUAGAGACGGCAAGAUGUUCGGGCACACCAUCAAGAAUUCCCUGCGGAUCUACUGCGAGGCACGCCAAAAGUGGUACGACUUCAGCUUCCGUUCGGCGAACCGAAAACAUCGUUUUCUGAGCACCCUCGCCCUGGAGCGUCAAUUCGGCGGAAAGCCCUUGUACGUACAGGAGAUGGCUGGCUUCGAGUACAACUACGAGGAGCGAUCUGGCGACUUUUCUGACCAAUCCGAUUACGAGGCGCAAGACUUUGAAGCCACUACUGGGGCGACAUCCGCCAGUGGGGAGAGCUCAGUGCCGGAGUCACCGGCCAAAUCAACUUCCCGCUUGUGCGAGACUUUGCCCAAAAAAUCACUGUCCCGGGACGGCAUAUCCAGUGCAGACAACUCGCAAAUGCUGUCAACCACAUCGACGACGGGUUCGCUGGGAAGACGUCCCUUUGGCAAGUGGUUCCGCAAACCAAAGAGCACCAACUGCACCCCGAGUCAGUCACCGACACACAAGCCCAGCUUCGAUGCAGACGAGACUCUCACAGAGGCCCGAGUAGCUGCCAUGGAGCUGGCAGCAGCCGAUGUCGAGGCUGUCGCCAUGCUGGUGCCAACGGACAGUUCGUCCGCCUAAACAAGGACUUGAUGCAGUUGAGGGUAGGGAAAGAUAUACCUAUACACAGCACAGCAUACAUGGUAUAAAAUAUUUGUUACAAUAAUAUUAAAUUGCCUUUAAUCGUAGCAACAGGUAGUCGAAUGGGUGUUACAUUCAGAAUAAGUUAACGUUUUAUCUUUUCGUUCAAUAUAAUUUUAAUUUCGUUUUUGUUUUUAAAUCCGUCUAUCGCCUGUCGUCAAUCCGUCUGUUACAGGGUUUCUGGAGAAUUUAACGAUACGAAGCGGUAAUAAGAAUUUUAUUUACGAAGAUUUUACAAAUAUCAGAAACGUGAAUAUUGUAUACUUCUGUCAUUUAAUGCGGUUAUUUGAAAAACGUUGCCGACUGCUAGUCCAAAAACCCCAUUACCUGUCCAUACUUGUAAUUCUAGGUUACGUGAUAAGUCGAUAAUAAACAUCCAACAUUGAACAUU